AUGUCCAACCCGUCUUUCCCACUCCCCUCUCCCCCUAUCCAUGCUCUCCCCAUUCCUCCUCCUCUUUCCUCACCUCUGAAUGCCUGUCCACUCCUCUCCAAGUUUCCCCAUACUCCCUCCAUCUCCCCCCCACCCUCCCUCCUCCAGCCCCCGCCCUCUCUCAACUCUCCCCCUUCUCCUCCGCAGGUUUCCCUCCCCCCGCUGCUCCCCCUCUUCCCCCUUCCCCUACCCCCCUCUUCCCCCUUCCCCUACCCCCCUCUUCCCCCUUCCCCUACCCCCCUCUUCCCCCUUCCCCUACCCCCCUUUUCCUCCUCUCUCACCUCAGAGUGGCUCUCGUGCGUUGAAUGCCCACUCCGCUCCCACUUCCCCACCUCUUCCCCCGUAAUUCCUGCCCCCUCCCCCUCCCGUUCCGCCAACUGCCCCCUCCCAUCUCCCCUCUCUUCCCGCCCUCCAUCCCCCUCCCGCCCUCUCCUCCUCUCUCACCUCCGGGUGGCUCUCGUGUGUCGGUUGUCCCACCUCCACGCUGCCUCCAUCCCGCUAAUCACCUGCUCCCCCCGUUCCGCCAACUACCCCCCCGCCUUUCCUUCCCCCCCCCCUCUCCCUCUCCUCCUCUCUCACCUCCGGGUGGCUCUCGUGUGUCGGCUGUCCCACCUCCACGGGGCCGCCAUCCCGCCAAUCACCUGCUGCCACCUGGCCGCCGCGCCAUGUCCGCAUCAGCGCGCGCCGCAUCACUCGCUCGCCUUCCGCUUCUCCGCUCCCGCGCGCUCCCCGCCCUUCCUCUUUGCGCUACCGUCCCUUUCUCCCCUGCCUCGCCUUUGCGCGCGCCUCUCCCUCCGCCGUCUGGUUCCACCUUCCGCGCGCGCUUUCACGCAGCGGAAGCUCCGCCUUCGCAGAUUCAAUCUCGUCUCGUCCCGAGUAGCAUGCUCGUGGCUGUUUCGUUGGACAGUAAUGGGAUUGAAGUGUGUUGGGACAGCGAUGGGACAGCGAUGGGACAGCGAUGGGACAGCGAUGGGACAGAAGACCUCUAUGCUUCGCCCAUCUGAGUCCGGAUGGCAAGCAGCUGGCAUGGAUGGAGUGGAGCCACCCGACUUCGAGUGGAGCAGACUUCUACCCAUCCCCACGCCUGAGUCCGGAUGGCAAGCAGGUGGCAUGGAUAGAGUGGAGUGCGACCAACUUGUACGCUUCACCCUGACUGAGCCGGUUCCAUUCCAUCCACCUCCCCUUCCCCACCGACCGACCCUUUCCCCUCCAGUCCCCGUGGUGCUGGCGAGUGGGGCAGACUUCUAUGCAUCCCCACGCCUGAGUCCGGAUGGCAGGCAGCUGGCAUGGAUGGAGUGGAGCCACCCGCACAUGCCGUGGGAGAGAAGCCGUGUGAUGGUUGGGACGUUCGAUGAUGAUGGGUAUGUUGAGGCGUGGCGUUUAUCAAAUGUAUGUGGCAUGGCAUGGGGCACGGCAGCUGGCAUGGGUGGAGUGGAGCCACCCGCACAUGCCGUGGGAGAGGAGCCGCGUGAUGCUGGCAUGGAUGGAGUGGAGCCACCCGCACAUGCCGUGGGAAAGGAGUCGGGUGAUGGUCGGGGACAUUCGACGAUGAUGGGUAUGUGGCAUGGGUUGAGUGGGGACCACCUGCACAUGCUGUGUGAGAGGAGCCGGGUGAUGGUUGGAUUGGGGCAUGUGAUGACGGGCAUUGUGAUGGUUCCUCCAUUCCUCACACUCCAUUCCCAACGUAUAUCGCUCUCCAUCUCUCUUUAUCUCCGCCCUUCUCUCCCCAUCCCUCUCCACCUCUCCAUCCCCUCAAGCCUCCUCGCAUCGGUGCAUCUGCACCUGUCUGUCCUCACAUCAGUGCAGAGUGCAGCAGGGACGGAUGCCGCUAUAAUCGAAGCACCCAUGGAACCCCUCUGGUCGCCACAAGGCGAGCUCUAUUUUCUCUCAGAUCGCCACUCUGGCUUCUGGGAUCUGCACCGAUGGAACCCCUCAUCAGGCACAGCAGAAGCGGUGGCAGAUAUGCCGAAGCACGACGGAGCCGGUCUGCUGGUGGAGGUUGGAGGGCCCCUGUGGGUGUUUGGGAAUGCCUCCUACGCGUUCAUCCCUGGCACCUCGCACCACGUGGCUGUCAUCUGCCAAGUGAAGGGACAGUCUCAGUUGGGAAUGAUCGACACUCAUACUCGUGCCUUCACACUCACUCCUCCCUCCCACCCUCCUCUCAGUCAGAUGUCCCACCUGCUGAAGCCCUCCCCAGAUAUGACCUCUCUACAAGUCAUCUACCCUCCCAUCCGCGUGUCAACAACCAUCCACACCGCCGGCACCUUUCAAGGGCCGCAAGGGGCCCUCCCGCCUCUGCUGGUGAAGUGCCACGGGGGCCCCACGGGGUGCCUCGACUCCGCUCUCCGCCUGCCGCUGCAGUUCUGGACUUCCAGAGGCUUCGCUGUCGUUGAUGUGAAUUACGGGGGGAGCACUGGGGUGCUGCCUCCUCCUCUGCUGGUGAAGUGCCACGGUGGCCCCACGGGGUGCCUCGACUCCGCUCUCCGCCUGCCGCUGCAGCUCUGGACUUCCAGAGGCUUCGCUGUCGUGGAUGUGAACUACGGGGGGAGCACGGGGUAUGGCCGAGAGUACAGGGAGCGGCUGCGUGGGCAGUGGGGAGUGGUGGACGUUGACGAUGCAUGCUGCUGCGUCGAUUACCUGGUGCGUGCAGGGCUGGUGGGCGGCAGCAGGGUGGCCAUAGACGGGUCAUCAGCAGGAGGCUUCAAACCCUUUGACACGCCUCAAUUGCUCCCUGUGCGUGCAGGGCUGGUGGACGGCAGCAGGAGGGUGGCCAUAGACGGGUCAUCAGCAGACGGGCUGUUCACUCACUUCACUCUACCACCUGCCUUCUCCCCACCUCUCCUCCCCCACUUUCUCCCCAGGUGCGUGCACAGCUGGUGGACGGCACUAAGGUGGCCAUUGACGGGUCAUCAGCACGCAAAUUCCCCCAUUCCCUUUGAAUUGAUAUCUCCUGAUGCCUUACUUCUCUACAUUCUCUCCCCAGGUGCGUGCAGAGCUGGUGGACGGCAGCAGGGUGGCCAUAGACGGGUGUGUGCAGGGCUGGUGGACGGUACUAAGAUGGCCAUCGAUGGAUCAUCAGCAGGAGGCUUCACCACCCUCUCGGCUCUCACCUUCCGCUCUACCUUCAAGGCUGGAUGCUCUCUGUAUGGGGUUGUGAGUCCUGAGCAGGCCCGGGCCAUGCACGCUGCAGUGAAGGCCAAGGGGCUGCCAGUGGCUAUCGUUGAGUUCCCAGAUGAAGACCACGGCUUCAGGAAUGCGGACAACAUCAAGGCAGCACUGGAGAUGGAGCAUGAGUUCUUCUGCCGUGUCUUGCUCAAUCUGCCUCUUCCAUCUGACAAGAAGCGGCUGACCAUUGACAAUGUUGAUGAAGACGCGUAA